CCCCUUCGGAGUCAACAUGCCUCUCGAGCUCAACGGCUACUCUGCGCAUAUAUGCUGCGAUGAUAAAGAACUGGAGACCUACGAUGUACGCGUGGAGGACGAGAAGACUAUCAGCUGUUGGAUUCCGAGCGAAGAGGGAAAGGCGUUUACUGUCCAUUGGGGCGACGAUUCCUCUUCAACAAGCAUGUUUGUGAAAGUUAUCAUGGAUGGCCGCAAGGUUGGGAAAACCGCACAUCGACCAGUUGCGACGGGGCGCAUGGAUGGAGCGCGUGAAACCUCAGACACUCUCCGCCCAUUCAUAUUUGCUCCGCUUGUACUCACAGACGAUGAUGCUCUGCUGGAUUCCGGCGUGAAUGAAGACCUCGGUACCAUACAAAUCGAAAUGAAGCUGGUUGAGUACUUUUCGGAGGCGAAAAAAUUCUCUGCAAUACACGUGCCUGAAAUUGGUUCCGUGCAUGAAAGAAGCAAGAAGGCGGGGGUUCAUGCGGUCGCUCUCGGGCAGCCUCAGGAGGCCAAAUUCGUUAAGUCCUUGAAGGGCCACGGCAUCGGCAAAGUCCCCAUUGCCACCUUCAAAUUCCGUUACCGGCCGUUGGAACUUUUGCAGGCGAACGGUGUCGCCCCCCUCCCUGAAAAGUCGAGGACGCUCAAUAAGCGUCCACUAGGGGACAUGGACAAACUUGACAGCGCUGGUCCCAGUAGCCGCAAACGCCAGCAUACGGAGCCUGUCGUUAACGUCAAACCGGAAGCUGAGGAUGAGGAGGAGGAGGACAUGCAAUUUCUCGAGGAGCAACUCCAAAUGAUGCAAAGGCGUGUGGAGAAAGCAAGGGCAGCAACAAAAGCGAAAAACAUCGUCAAGCGGGAGGUGUCGCCGAUCCGUAUCCCGUUCUCGGAUAGCAACGACGUCAUUGACUUGACCUAG